AUGAGCUGCGGUAGUGAUGCAACUGAUCGUGAUGAUGGCCCUUGUGCUACUAGUGUGUGGAGUUUAAGUCAAACUGACAGACCCGAAAAUGUAAAAGCACAAUUUGACCAUAAUGUUAAGGUAGCUGGAUGUAAAGCUGGACGAAAUAUAUCGUGUGAAUCAUGCAGUGAAGAGUUAACUGUAGAUGAAGUAGGACUGUGUGAGAACUGUACGGCAAAGCUGUGCAAUUCCUGUUACGAUAUUUUUAAGAGCAAAGAAAUAGGGCCACUUCAACAUAUCAUAUUACAAGAGAAAAAGAAACAAAAUCAGUGCACAGAGACCUGCAAGAAACACAUAGAAAAAGUCGUAGAUUGUUUCUGUGAAAUAUGUGAUAAAAUUGGUUGCUCCGUUUGUAUGGUUACUGAGCACCGAGAAUGUCCAAAAGAUUCAGUCAAAUAUGUUCCUGAUAUUGCAGGGACAUUUCUGGACAGUAAGGAAUAUCAAAACUACUUGGAAUUGCUAGAUCAGUUUGGCACAGAUUUAGAUACUGAAAUUGAAAAGUGCAAGUCCAACAAACGACGGGCUGACUUUCUUCAUAAAAGGGCAACAGAAGAAAUUAAGAAGCAAAGAGAUAAGAUCAAUAAAUUAUUUGAUCAGUUCCAAAAUAACAUCGAAAAAGAGGAAAGACUAAAACACGAACAAAAUACGAAACUUCUUGAAUCUGUUGCUUUGACACAGAAGUAUAUAACGCAGAAUGUUACAAGACUCAAAUCUAAGCUGGAAGAUGCACAGAUAAAAGGAAAUUCAUGCCAGCUCUUUUUAGAUGUGAAAACGGGUGAAGAGGCAUUGGAACAUAUUCAGACCGAUAUUCUAAAUAUUCGAAAGGAAAAUGAAAUACCAUACUAUGAAAUUGAAUUUUCCACAGCUCUACAGACAGCGCUUAGAGAUGUGGGAGAACUCGGAAAAUUGACAACUCUUCACAGGGACAUUAAGGUUAACGCUGAUCUUACUGUUUCAUCUCGAAAAGAUCUUUUACCAUUCUGUUGCAUUACAGGAAUGUGUGCAGUAUCAAAAGACAAGCUUCUAAUAUCUGACUAUAAGAAUAGUAGAUUAAAAGUGAUUGACACGAACAAAUAUAAGGUACAGUCAGAACUUAUACUUCCGGGACCAUGGGCUGUUGCAAAGGCUGGUGAAAAUAAUUUUGCUGUCACACUCCCAACAAUUAAAGCUAUUCAGUUCUUAUCUUUGACUAGCUCAUUUUCAAUUUUCCUGGUUUAUCAAUUGCUUUUGCGUGGAUCAUGCCGUAGCAUUGUGUGUACAGAAAAGAAAAUGGUCGUUUCUUAUUUUGAUGCUAGUCUACAUGUUCUUGAUAUUCGUGGAAACGUGUUGAAUGACCUUACAGUAGAUAGUGAUGGUGAAAAGAGAUUUGAAAAACCGUGGAAUGUUGCUCUCAGUCCAGAUAAAACUAUAAUAUACGUUUCAGAUCUUGGGAAACACAUGAUAUCUAGCAUAACAUUCGAUGGAGAGGUUAAAGCCAUCUAUAAGGACGAAGAGAAUGGUGGUCCACGUGGUCUCACUGUAGACAGAACGGGAGCAAUUUAUGUCUGCUGCUACCUGUCUAACAAAAUUAUUCAGCUUUCGAAAGACUUAGUUCAGGUAUGUGUUCUUCUUGACAACAGCGAUGGAAUUGACAAGCACAGAUGUCUAACAUACUGUGACAAAAACAAUAAAUUGUUUGUUGGAAAGUGGGAGGAGGAUUUAAUUAAAGUUUUCCAUGUUAAAUGA